ACUUCAGUACUUCAAACAGAUUUCACUUGAUAAAAUCUUUUUGACAUACUAUUGAAGACUGAAGCAAUUCUGUAAGCUUACUAGAAAUGGUAGGAACGACUAAAUUCGUGGUUUUACUUUGGUGUUUACUCUUAGUUUCAGUGUCUGUCUGGUCCUCAGCAUCAGAUGAUCACAAAACCUACAUUAUCCACAUGGAUAAGUCUAAGAUGCCAGCUCCAUUUGCCACUCACCACAGCUGGUACAUGUCAACGCUCUCUUCUCUCGAGCAUGAUGGCGUUUCUCCAACACAUUUGUAUACCUAUAAUCAUGUCAUGGAUGGCUUUAGUGCAGUUCUCUCAGAGAAACAUGUUGAACAAGUACAGGGGAUGCCUGGUCAUCUUGCCACGUUUAAUGAAACAUUUGGACAUCGUCAUACGACUCAUACCCCUAAGUUUUUAGGCCUAAAGAAACAUGUUGGACUCUGGCCAACUUCAGGGUUUGGUGAUGACAUGAUUAUAGGGAUAAUUGAUACUGGAAUAUGGCCAGAAAGUGAGAGUUUUCGUGAUCAAGGGAUGCCUCCAGUCCCUUCGCGCUGGCGUGGUGCUUGUGAAACUGGGGUGGAAUUCAAUUCUUCAAAUUGUAAUAAGAAGCUUAUUGGUGCGCGCUCAUUUAGCAAAGGGAUGAAAAUUGAAAUGAACAUUACAAUUGACGAUUAUGAUUCUCCGAGGGAUUAUUUUGGCCAUGGGACUCAUACAUCAUCUACUGCAGCUGGAAACCGCGUCCAGUCUGCUGAUUACUUUGGUUAUGCAAAAGGAACAGCUAGUGGUAUUGCUCCGAAGGCUAGGCUGGCUAUGUACAAAGUUUUGUUUCUCAACAACUCAUAUGAUGCAGCUGCGAGUGAUACAAUGGCAGGUAUGGAUCAGGCCAUUGAAGAUGGUGUAGAUCUCAUGUCCUUGUCUCUAGGCUUUUUUGAUGUACCCUUUUAUAGAAACCCAAUUGCAUUGGGGGCUUUUGCAGCAAUGGAGAAGGGAAUUUUUGUGUCUUGUUCUGCUGGUAAUGGAGGACCUCAUGGUUAUACUAUCAACAAUGGAGCUCCUUGGAUCACUGCAGUUGGGGCAGGGACAGUAGACAGAGCAUUCGUGGCUAGGGUAACACUUGGUGAGGGGAAUGUCGUGGUCACUGGGAAAUCAGUGUAUCCUGAAAACUUGUUAGUUUCUAGGGUCCCUAUAUAUUUUGGACAUGGAAAUAGAAGCAAGGAACUCUGUCUUGCUGAUUCCCUAGACCCCAAAGAUGUAGAGGGAAAGUACAUCUUUUGUGAUUUCACUACUGAGCCUCUUGUGUAUAUGGAACCACUGUAUGAGAUGAAUAGAACUGGUGCUGCUGGUGUAGUAUUCAUUUCUGACGAUGGCCAGUUUCUGAAGCCUGAUGAAUUUAACGUGCCAUACGUUGUCAUGAUCCCUGAACUCGCAGAGGUGAUGAAGUCCUAUUUAAUCAACUCAGAUAAUCCAACUGUGAGCAUCAAGUUCCAAAUAACUCAGUUGGGCAUCAAACCAGCUCCUCAGGUUGUAGAUUUCUCGUCACGAGGGCCUGACACAAGGUCUCCUUGGAUCCUUAAACCAGAUAUCUUGGCACCAGGAGUUGAUAUCUUGGCUGCAUGGGCACCAAACAGAGGAUCUGCAGUAAUUGGAGACGAUGAUUAUCUGCUCACAGAUUAUGCCCUUUUAUCAGGUACAUCCAUGGCGUCUCCCCAUAUAGUUGGCAUUGCUGCAUUACUAAAAGCCACACACAGCGACUGGAGCUCAGCUGUCAUACGAUCUGCAAUGAUGACAACUGCUGACAUAUUUGACAACAGCAAUGGUCCGAUUAUAGACAUGACAACUGGAGUAAGUGGGACUCCUCUUGACUAUGGCGCAGGACAUGUUAACCCUAACAAGGCCAUGGACCCUGGUCUUGUCUAUGAUAUAAAACCUGAAGACUACAUCAGUUACCUUUGUGCCAUGAACUACACCAGAGAUGAGAUCAUGCUUCUUGCACGAAGAUCAGACUUUUCAUGUGAAUUUUCAACUCUUGAUCUUAACUACCCUUCUUUCAUAGUCAUUCUCAACAAUACUAAUACAACUACUUACACCUUCAAGAGAGUGUUAACUAAUACAGUUGAUACAAGUGCUUCUUAUCGAGCUGUUGUGAAGGCACCAUCUACUGGCAUGCAUGUGGCUGUGCAGCCAUCAACAAUUACAUUUUCGGGAAAGUACAGCACUGCAGAGUUUAACAUGACAGUCACCGUUGAUCUCAGUCUUUCUCCAGAGAGUGAUAACAUUGGUAACUAUGGAUACUUAAGCUGGAAUGAGAUUAACGGAAAACAUGUUGUGAGAAGUCCUAUUGUUUCUGCGAUAGCAUCUCCACGAACAUGA